CUUAAGGCCGUAUCUAAAUGUGCUUGGUAACUAGUAAAAUCCUCCAGGGGUUAUAGUUUAAGUAAUACAUUGUUCUGAGGGGCAGUUGCAUCUCUCCAUCAUUUCCAGAGGCUUCUGAGGUAAAGAAUGUAUUCCGGGUUACAGGCAAGUUAUCUGCUGAUCCAAUCCCGAGUCCGGAGCUUUCCCUUGGUCAUAUUUUAUUGGAUGAAACCAUGCAUUCCGUGUCUUUGGAAAUUCCCCGUGGAGGAGGCUAGCGCUCGCUAGUCCACUGAACUGGAAGCCAGAUUCAACUGACCUUUGUCUUUGAGGCAAAGAUCUGGUCCACUGGCCCAGGUCAUGUACACAAAGGCGGGUUCCAGCCCUUGUUCUUUAAAGUAGGAAACCUCGUGUCCUGCUGCAGACCUGUCAGAGCCUCCCAGAGAUCCUGAGGUACGCAGCUGUCCACACAGCAUACCAUGAAUCAGAACAUGGAGCUAUGGAAGCAAGUGUUCCAGGAAUUAAUCCAGGAAGUGAAGCCAUGGCACAAAUGGACCCUGACAGAAGACAAAGACCUUCUUCCCAACAGCCUGGAGCCGGGCUGGUCACAGUACCAGCAGUGGGCCUUUGCCAGGUUCCAGUGCUCCUUGUGCUCUCGCAGUUGGGCCUCUUCUCAAGUUCAGGUUGUUUUCCACAUGCACAAGACUGCGGGGAAACCCAGGGGCAAUGUGAAGAUGAGGGUCUUUGCCCAGAGAUGUCAGAAGUGCCAUCAGUCUCCAUUUGAGGUUCCCGAGUUCACAAAAGAGAACAUCUCCAGGAUCCUGAACAACCUGGUAUUCCGAAUUCUGAAGAAAUGCUACAGAGAAGGAUUUAAGUCGAUGGAGGAGAUCCCUACCGUCAGGGAAAUCACUCCUGAAGGGCCGCAUGACAGUAACAACUGCGAGGCAUGUCUGCAGGGCUUCUGUGCCCAGAGUGGCUUCAGUGAGGCCGUGCAGUCACCUGUGUCCCCAUCACUUCCUGCCAUAAGCUCACCUGCUCUUGGGACCACCAUUCCCAUGCCCUUUCCCAGUAGAAGUGGCACCACAGUGGACACAGUGAAGGGGAACAUCACCGCGGACAGAGUGAGGGGGAACAUCACCGCGGACGCAGUGAGGAGGAACAUCACCGCGGACGCAGUGAAAUGGGACAUCAUCACCGCGGACGCAGUGAGGGGGAACAUCACAGCGGACAGAGUGAGGAGGAACAUCACCGCGGACGCAGUGAAGAGGGACAUCAUCACCGCGGACCCAGUGAGGGGGAACUCCACAGUGGACAUACAGAAGUGGAACGCCAUGGCAAACAAAAGAAAGGCUUUACCCCAACCUUGGCAUCCUGAGUCCAGGGAGGCUGCAAUCUUCCCCACCCACUGGAGCCCGAGAGCAAACACCCAACACCAUGUGGAGACGAGAAUCCACGUCAGUACCCGUAACGAGGUGCUCUAUCCCCACACAGCCCCGAAUCCCAGGUGCAAGAACUUGAAUGUUUGCUGCUGUUUUUUCAUUCUGAUUAUUGUCGUGGUGAUUAUCGUAGAGACCAUUCAGUGGACCUCCACAUGAUGCCAAGUUCAAAGUCAUGUAGUAUGAUCCCACGGAAAGGAAAUACCCAGAAGAGGUAAAUCCAGAGACCGGAAGUAGCGUGGUGACUGCCAGGGGCUGUGGGGAAAGGGAUUAAUCUGUAUGGGGCUUUUGGGGGACAGAAGGUGUGUGGUGAUG